GGGAGCUGAUCUGGAAUCAGACGUGACAACUAAUCUACAUCAGAGCUCCAUCAAAGCUGAAAGCACCGAGGAAAGAGCCGCUCCUAUAAAAAAAAAGAGAGAACACGCUCCUACACGUCGCCAUCCGCCUCAGCUUCCUGGAGUUCACGGACCGUGUAAACAGGAGCCUGAGAAGAGCGCUAGGAGACUUUGAAGGAGUUGUGUCGGGAAGAAUAGUGCAGAUGGUGUGGCAUCAUCUCCUUCCCUGUCAGCCCCACUUCAAAAAGGUGGAGGUCGCAGGAUCCCUGCUCAGUGCAGCAUAUUAGGAGGUAACACCAUUCCUGGGGAAAAAAGACAAUCUUCGUGUUCCUGAUAAUGGCACCUGCUUGCGCGGCCAAACUUGGUGCCUGGCUCUUUGUGCUGUUCCUCUGCCUGACCAUACAUGCUGGCAUUGCUGCGGCCACUAUACAAGGAUACAUUGGGGAUAUAGACAUGACAUGCCCAUCUGUAUGCAGAUGCGAUGAGGACUUUAUCUAUUGUAAUGAUCGUGGGCUGAGCUCCAUCCCAUCACUGCCUCCUUCUGCAUCUGUCCUCUACCUUCAGAACAACCACAUAAACAAUCCAGGCCUCCCCACCUCCUUGGAGCGUCACCUGUCUGUACGUGUCGUCUACCUCUAUGAUAACGAGUUGGAUGAAUUUCCCAUGCACCUUCCGCCAUCUGUGCGGGAGCUGCAUUUGCAGGACAACAAUAUCCGCACCAUUCCUCGUAGCACUCUGGCUCGUAUGCCCUUGUUAGAAAAGCUCCACUUGGAUGACAAUUCAAUUUCCACUGUCUCCAUUGAAGACCAAGCCUUUGCUGACAACCCGCGGUUACGCUUGCUUUUUCUCUCCCGCAACCACCUGUCUAGUAUUCCCUCAGGACUGCCAGCUUCGUUGGAAGAACUACGUCUGGAUGAUAACCGGAUCUCUACCAUCCCAACCCAUGCUUUUCGAGGCCUAAACUCUUUAAGGUGUCUCGUUUUGGAUGGUAACCUUUUGGCAAAUCAGCGCAUUGCAGAUGACACAUUCUCUCGCCUUUCUAACUUGACAGAAUUGUCCCUUGUGCGCAAUUCCCUCCAAACCCCACCUGUCAACCUGCCCAGUGCCCAUUUACAGCGACUAUCUCUACAAGACAAUGCCCUGACUCAUAUGCCACGGGGUUCCUUGGAUGGCAUGCACAGGUUGCUGAGACUGGACUUGUCAGGGAAUAACUUAACCACGCUUCCAAGAGGACUGUUCAAAGACCUUGACAGUCUUGGUCAGCUGCUGGUGCGUGGGAAUCCUUGGCACUGUGGCUGCAACCUGCGAUGGCUUUAUGACUGGUUGCGUGCCCGUGGCAACACCAUCACUGUCAGGGGUCUCAUUUGCCAUGGGCCAGAGAGAGUGCGAGACCUGGCUUUAAUUGACCUAGGCAGUGAAAUGGAAGAAUGUGAAGUAGUGAGACUGACAGGGACUAAAGACAAAGCGGCUGUUGGCGGAGGAGAGAGCUCUACAACCAAUACACCCCCGCAAGGUUCCCUCUUCACCCUGCGCUCAAAGAGGCCUGGCUUCGGGUUUCCUGACUCUGGGUUAGAUUACACGCUUAGCAACAGUGGUGUUGGGAAGAGCUUGGCGCUAAAUGUAAAACCUCUGUCUCACAAUAGUAUUCGUGUUACCUGGAGUGCAGCUCAGCCAAGCUCCUCUUUUAGGUUGAGCUGGCUCCGACAGGGUACGGGGAAUGCCAUGGAAUCAAUCACAGAAACCCUUGUAAGGGGUGAUCGACAAGAGUAUCUUCUUACUUCCCUGCAACCACGCUCUAGCUAUAUCAUUUGCAUGGUCCCACUGCCUGUCAGUUCGGAAAGCAGAGCCACAAUUUCUGGAGACGCUGACUCUGAGGAAGCUUUAGUCUGUGCAAAAGCAGAAACAUCAGACCUUACUUCACAGGAGGAGGAAGAAGAUGAGAACUCACAGCAGUUUACAACGCUGCCCCUGGCAGGGAUUAUUGGUGGAGCUACCGCCACUGUAUCUUUGGCUCUAAUUUUUGGCAUUUUCUGUUGGUAUGGACAUAGAACUGGCCAUUUAUGUUCUCGUGACCACUACACUCGCAGUAGCUCGAGAAAAAGCAAAACCUAUGAUGACUACAUUGAGUCUGGCACCAAGAAGGAUAAUACUAUCCUGGAGAUUCGUGGCCCGGGUUUCCAGAUGACACCAAUGCCUGCUUGCCAGCCAAUGCAGCCGAAACCCCUACGAGAGGAUUACAUUAUUCACACCAUAUUCCCUUCCAAUGGCACUGGCUUAUACAAAGGGUCCAACCACGUUUCUAAUGCCGGGCAAGGCACCAACCGUGGCUACAGAGAAGGAGGAAUCCCAGAUAUAGACUACUGCUACACAUGAUGUAUUGUACCAGAUGCUGUUCAGAGUGUAAUUGGUAAAACUGUAUAGAUGCACAAUUUCCCUUGGCAUGGACACUUCUGAAGCACCCCUCUGUGCCUUCUUCUGGUCUCCCAUUCCAAAUGACCUACUGAUCAUUACUGAGAGAACUGGAUACGAUUAACUGAACUGUGCGGGAACAUUUCACUGCAGGAGGCAGCAGCCAGUGCCCCAGGUGUAAAUGCACAGCUGAGUGUUUCUUCACCAUCUAAGUAAUGGCCUGUGUAUGAUUCUGGUAUUUUUUUUUCUUUUUUUUUGCUCUUUCUCUGUGACAUGUAAGAAUGUAUCUUUUGUGGAAAGGUCAAACUUAGCGUGGGCGAAGGUAGAGUUUCUUUUUCACUUGUGGGAGCCACAGCAGUCAGCUCAAAAUGGAUUCAUUAAUGAUGAAAAACAGACGUUUUUGGUACUCUUUUCCCGCUCACCAGUCACACACAGUAUGUAGUCUUAUUGACUCAUUUUUUCCAAAUGCCUCAACUAUAUUGAUGUGCCCUACCAGCUACUCAAGCAAAGGGCUUUGUAAAGCUGUGAAAUGUUCUAUUUUAAACAACCCAAUAACCACUUGUCUUAAAGUAGGCUUGCUAUUUCCUUAUUCAGAAGAUGGCAGGGUUGCGAUGGUACGAAGGCAGGUCAGCUUUGUUUUUACCUCUUGAGAUCAUUUACCUGAGAUCAGUAAGGCAGUGUUGCAGCACACGUGUGUAGAUUAUUUACCAUUAUCAUUACCGACCGGGCUGUGUUCGAAUAAUGCUUUGCUAUUUUUUCAGUGGUUUGUCUAAUGAUGAAAUUCUGCACAUUUAUCUUUAUUUAUAUGGCUCUUUCUGAGAUGAUGUGUCUCUGCUUGAACUGUUUUUGUUUCUUUUGUAAUCUGUCCCUCAUGUUUGUCAUAAUUAAUGAAUUCCAGCUCUCACUGGAGAUUGUGAUCUUUGUUAUAUCUGAGCAAGGGGGGGAAAAACACAUUGAUAGCUGUUUCCAGAUUCCUGUUUUUCAUUUUAAACAUCAAUGUGAAUUUCUGAUUGAGUCUGUUUGUACUGUUGUGUAGUUUUUUUUUUUUAUUUAAAAAAAGCAGACGACCCAAAGUUUAGCAUGUCGACCCUCAGAUCCCUUAGAAAAUGACCUCAGCUGCUCCUUUCUGAUGUUGUGUCCGUGUGCUUCACCUCGUGACCUCGGUUGCUGACUUUUGGUUUGUAAACUGUUUCCACCCCACCAUUGUUCCGACUGAGGGAUCAAACUAAUAAAGUGGAGCCUCCUGUUGGAGGAAGACUCUUGUGAGUGACCUAGAAGAUGAGGCCAAGAACUGUGAGUGCAUUUGAAGGGGACUCCAACCGCAACACUGUUGACCUACACUGUGGGGCGGCAAAGCUGUGUGGGCGGGUGGACAGGUGGGGGGAGGAGAGCCUGGGAGGGCGGGGCGGCUCAUCAGUGAGUGCAGUUCGCUGAUGUUUGUUUUAGCGAUGGGAGAAAGGCCACCACUCAUUCCACCUUUUUUAUUACUGAGCAGCACUAAAAAUGUAAAUGUAUUAGCACUUAGCAGGGAGGAGGGAUAAAAGAUACGACAGGCAUGGAGAGAAGGAGGGUAAAGACACAAACUUGUGUACUGAGAAGGAUACAAAAUUGAUGGCUGCUGCACAGUCGGGUUCGGCACUGCAUAAAUCUGUUUGUCAUACCUGGAUGCUACCCCUGGGUUUAUUAUCGUCUAUCAGUUAUUUAUCACUGUGUUGCUUCCAAAGGGGAAACCGUUUGUGCUUCCUUGACUGUUCUGGUCCGGCCCGAGUUUUGAACAGGUGUCAGACAAUAUGUCAGUGGAAUGUAAAAUUUACCUUGCACCCACAAUUACUGGCUUAAACUAAUUUAUUUGGCCUGGCUAAUUUUGUUUUUGGGGAAUGUUGAUAUAGUGUAAUUGUGAUUUUUUUAUUUUUUUCCCAGGUGGGUCUGUUAAAGAUGCAUACUUCCUCUUCAUUUGUAUAAAUAAAACCAUGGCCGCAGCCACAUGAAUAUUUUUGUUUGGGUGAAAUUAGAAAGUGGUAGUGCCAUCAUUUUGCGUUCAAAAGAAAUUAUGUAAACCUGAGAUAUGUGUGGAAUUUGGUUUAUAAAUUCAUCUUCAGAGGGGAUUAAUAAAAGUUUUAUAAUCUUGUUA